GUCCCGACAAACCAUCAGUAUCACUACACCGGGGCACCCGGCUCAUGCACGGGAGGCAGCCUGGUUACAAAAUGCAAUCACUUUUCAUCCACUGUACACUCCUCCUACCUGGUAAACCGGGCCAUCUUAAUCGAAUUCCCUCACUCGCACUGUUCCCCGAGCUUGUCCAAGCGAGACGUGUUGACAUCGUCCAAAACAUUUCGCACAACAGUCGGGAAGAAAAUGAGUCUUCCAGACUCCAGAUCGCCGGGCAAACAGUAUUCUUCGGGGCAACUGGUAAGGGAAAAGUGUUUAUUGUGAACUAGUCAUUCAUUACAAGCAUCUGGAAUGUUUAGAGGAAGUUGCUUAUUUGUUAACUUCUUCAGCUUCUCGAUUACCUUCAGCCUGAGACGGUAUAAAGUAGCCAAAAUGUUAUCUCUCUCUCUAGGUCAUGGAUACAGUCUGCUUUGUCACCGAUUUACGAAUUUGUUAUAAAAUAGUAGCCUUUUGAUGACAAUGUGUAUUCCACACUGUGCUGCGAUCUCACGCAAAUCUGGCCCAGUAUUCACGAAGCGUUUCAAAGUAAGAGUGCUGCUCCAGGAACAGUUUAGCCUUUUAUAUCAUAAUUAAUUUGAUUUAUACGGGGGACCUGUUCCUAGAGUAGCACUCCUACUCUAAGACACUUUAUAAAUAUGCUGUAAAAACGUAUUUACUUUUUAAAAGUUAUUGGCUCUCAUACUGACUAGUGUGGAGGGUGUUGCUGAUCAGGCAGGUAGGCACAUCCUUGAGACUACAGUAUUUAUCUACCGUGUAGCAGGUGGACUAUUCCUUAUCUCACACUGAGUCACUGAAAUAGUUGAGAAAUUGACCUACUGACUGAUUUGCCACAUUAUGUAGGCGGUGUCCCUACCUCUUUCAUGACAUUAAUUUUUUUAAUUGUUUAUUUGAAAGAAUUAAUUUAAUGUUUUUUUUUUAUGUGUAGUGAAAGUACACAGAAUAGGUGAAGUGGGCCUUGACCUUUCCUCUCUUCCUAACUGUUCCUAACCUACCCUAACAGUCCCUACCCCUAACCUAUAUCCCUCCCUGUCCCUAACCUAGCCUAACCUUAGCAGUCUCCCUGUCCCCAGAGUUGUUCUGUAGUGCUGCUGAAUGUGGGUGGUCAUGUGUUCACCACAUCUCUGUCUACGCUGCGUAAACACCCCGACUCUCAGCUGGCCUCCAUGUUCAGUAGUGGUCAGCAACCCAAACUGCCCACCGACGCCAAGGGACGCUACUUCAUCGACCGCGAUGGGACGCACUUCGGAGCCAUUCUUCAGUUCCUACGCACCCAGCGCCUGCCCACAGAGAGUGUUCUGGAGGUUUGUGACACACACAAACACACACACUAGCCCAUAUGUCGGAACCCUGAACCAAUGAGCUAGCCCAUUGUGCAUUAUCAUCUUCCCUGAGAUCGGUUGCCCCAUAACAUGAGUCCUACGUGUGGUUGGGUGUGUGUGUGUAACAGGUUUACCAGGAGGCGCUCCACUAUGACAUCAGAACCCUGGUGAAGCAGCUGCAGGACUCAGCCCAGGUGUUUGGAGAAACAGUGGGGAGGCAGCAGUUCAUCUCCAGGGUCCCCAACUACCUGGAGAACCUGGAGGUACAAUGGCCCUGAUAUAAUAAAAUGACCUAACCCCUGUGGCCUGGGGUGAUCCAGCAAUCUAAACCGCUGUCUCUCGAUUACAUGUGCUGAACUACCGCAGCGAGCAUGGGUUCGAAUCGGACCCACUGCUCUAUCUAUCCUUUCCAGUAAACACAGAAAAUGUGAAUGGAGUGGGACUGACCCACUCCUUAAAAAAUAAACCAAAACUGCCUCUACAAUGUUCCUGUCAAAUAACUGAUAUCAAUAAAUAUGAGAUAUUAUUUAUGGUCACUGUUAUGACUACCAGGUGUUGGUGAGAGUGGCCCGAGCGGAAGCCAUCGCUGCCCGUCACUCUGCUGUCAUCGUGUGUGUUCUGAGGAACGAGGAGGACCUGGGUCGCUAUGACAAUGCCAUCAACAACCUGGAGGAACAGGAAGUGGUGCGGUUCGGACCGUGGAAGGUGUGUACCUGUACUGAAUGUUGUGUUUCGGUGUGUGUAUCUGUACUUAAUAGUUUAUGUAUAUGACUACUACCAAUGCCACAAAGGCACUUUCAACUGGAACAUUUGUUUUUUUCACUACAAUUCCUCUUUAACAGGGUGCUGAGGGUUCUCUUUCAAAUACUUGUUUCGGUGUCUCACAAUGGGAUCACUACGGAAGAACCAAUCACACAACGUGUUACACGGCUAGCUAUCGAGACCUGGUUAGCCCACGCUGCAAAGCUAACUUGGUUAGUUCACUGGAAAGCAAGCUAACCACACUAGCAUUCCUACGUGCACAACGGUAAUGUUGCUAGCUCCCUUCUCGUUUAGUUCAACCUAGUUUCACUCGUUUGUGUUAACUAGACCGACCGCUUUAGCCUCAUGGCUCUACGGUCGUGGGAGAAAAUCAGUCUAAAGUCAGAAACUGCUCCCACGCGGUUCCCUUUGGCUAGCGCUGUGCUAGCUAAACACACCUUAGCCACACAAGGUAGCUGCUAGCUAUCUAACGCCUUACUAGCCUCGUGGCUAUAGCAUUCAUACUGUGCUUGCCCCAGCUAGCCAAUAGCCGCAAGGCUUCUAACAAGCUAACUUACCCAUAUUUGAAGCCUCCGGUUUGACACGUUUUUACAACAGGUAUCUCGGUAUUAGAAAGCCUUGUUCUAUACAAUGUCCACUGUUACCCUGUUCCAGGGCGGACCAAGCCAAUCACUCGAACCACCACGUUCUUUCACUUACGGUUUCAUCAUUGCGGGAAAGUAUUAUCACCUUUAUGCAUCAACUGCUUGGAAGGGAACAUGCUCAGUGUGAGCACUGCAAAACGCUGACUAGGGUGGGUUUGAGGAGGAGGAUCAAACGUACCUCUCUCUGCCACCCCUCAGGGGAAGGUGAUCUAGGGGAUUGACGAGGUGACGAAGGGAUUAAUCUCCCGGGUCUCCUCACUUUGCAACUGAAAUGGAGACCCCGUUCUUCCCCCCUCUGGUCCCGAUGUCACCCUGCUCCCAGGACGGGUGAGAUGCUCUCCCCUGCUUGGAGUUUGGGCUCUUCGACGUUUGCAAGCGAGCCACGGUCAGACUCGGCAUCGAGUGGCCGUCUCCCUUGGGGGGGGGGGGGGGGGUCAGGAUCUGUACGAUGGGAAAAUAUUACCUACCGUCCAGAGUGCGAAUUAUACCGUGACAUCCGGUGGGGCUCAAUUUUCUUCACUGCACUAUUAGGCCCAGAACAUUUUGUUUAUUGCCUAAUAGUAAAGACGUAUAUAAUUUAACUGUAUUUUUAAAAUUACUAUUUUAAUUUGGCAUGAACACAACCAGUCAUGAUGUUUUCAUCUUAUUGUCAAACCAAUCACUUCAAAAAGUAGGCUACCUGCGCAUGUUCGUCCACUCCAAAAUAAUUCCAGCAUCCAAAAAGUGCUCUGUGCACUCGGGGCCAUUUGAUGAAUGGAAAGGAACAUCUGUUAAAAAACAGUGUAAUGACAUUCGGCAAUUGUCAUUGGGUCUACACUCUUGUAGCCUGAAUUAAUUGAUGUGUCUUGCUGACAAAAUUAACUUUUUUGUAGAAAGAAAUGUUGGGACACCUGAAAAAGGGUUGAGAUACGGGACGAGAGACUGAAGAGGAAGCGAGACACCCUACUAACUGUUUUAUUUAUUUUUCUGGUUCAAUUAAAGUCAAUGAACUAAGUAGACCAUACCCAGCUGCAAUUUUUUUUAUUUAACCUUUAUUUAACUACAUUUACAUUUUACAUUUUAGUCAUUUAGCAGACACUCUUAUCCAGAGCGACUUACAGUUAGUGAAUGCAUACAUAAUUUUUUUUCCUACCCCCUGUGGGAAUCGAGCCCACAACCCUGGCGUUGCAAACGCCAUGCUCUAUCAACUGAGCUACAUCAGUUAAGAACAAAAUCUUAUUUACAAUGACAGCCUAUUGCAUUGGUGUCUAUAGGAGACACACCCAGUUAAGCAGACCGGAACUUUUUGUGCUGUUAUUGUGAAGUGGAAACGUCUAAGCGCAACAACAGCUCAGCCGUGAAGUGGUAGGCCACACAAGCUCACAGAACGGGACCGUCAAGUGCUGAAGCACGUAGCACGUAAAAAUUGUCUGUCUUUGGUUGCAACACUCAUUACAGAGUUCCAAACUGCCUCUGGAAGCAACAUCAGCACAAUCACUUUUUUUCGGGAGCUUCAUGAAAUGGGUUUCCAUGGCCGAGCAGCCGCACACAAGCCUAAGAUCAUGCGCAAUGCCAAGCGUCAGCUGGAGUGGUGUAAAGCUUGCCUCCAUUGGACUCUGGAGCAGUGAAAACGUGUUCUCUAGAGUGAUGAAUCACGCUUCACCAUCUGGCAUUCCGAUGGACUGCCCCAAUUCUUAGUGCCAACUGUAAAGUUUGGUGGAGGAUGAAUAAUAAAUAAAUGGUUUGUUGAGCUCGGUGUGGAAGAACUUGACUGGCCUGCACAGAACCCUGACCUCAACCCCACCGAACACCUUUGGGAUGAAUUUAAACGUCGACUGCGAGCCAUUCCUAGUCGCCCGACCUCACUAAUGCUCUUGUGGCUGAAUGGAAGCAAGUCCCCGCAUAAAUUACCCCAAAUCCUUUCCAGGAGAGUGGAGUCUGUUAUAACAGCAAAGGGGGGACCAACUCCAUAUUAAUGCCCAUGAUUUUGGAAUGAGAUGUUCGACCAGCAGAUGUCCACAUACUUUUGGUCAUUUAUCCACCAUCUUUGACUGUCCCAGGAUGACAAGUGCAGCCACAUGGGGGGAAUAUAAAAAAAAAACUGUAACAGAGUUGGGGGUGUUCGUUUAAUAUGGCCCCCUGUGAUUUGCACUCUGCUUCCUUUCCAUACGGCUCCAGUUAAACAACUGCUUCCUGCGGUCCCAGCAUGCCUCAGGGAGGUGAAGGGCCCGUGUUACUAACACAGCCGGUACCUCCCCCUCUGGAAAGAUGGAGCGCUUUUCUGCCUCAGACGUACAAAGCCUCAGCCCAGUCAGUCAGAGCACUCAACGUGACCUCUUUUUAUUGCUAGCUUACCAGGAAAAAGUUACUGGAGGAGGUGGGGUUACUACAGUGGGGAAAAAAAGUAUUUAGUCAGCCACCAAUUGUGCAAGUUCUCCCACUUAAAAAGAUGAGAGGCCUGUAAUUUUCAUCAUAGGUACACGUCAACUAUGACAGACAAAUUGAGCUUUUUUUCUCUCCAGAAAAUCACAUUGUAGGAUUUUUAAUGAAUGUAUUUGCAAAUUAUGGUGGAAAAUAAGUAUUUGGUCACCUACAAACAAGCAAGAUUUCUGGCUCUCACAGACCUGUAACUUCUUCUUUAAGAGGCUCCUCUGUCCUCCACUCGUUACCUGUAUUAAUGGCACCUGUUUGAACUUGUUAUCAGUAUAAAAGACACCUGUCCACAAUCUCAAACAGUCACACUCCAAACUCCACUAUGGCCAAGACCAAAGAGCUGUCAAAGGACACCAGAAACAACAUUGUAGACCUGCACCAGGCUGGGAAGACUGAAUCUGCAAUAGGUAAGCAGCUUGGUUUGAAGAAAUCAACUGUGGGAGCAAUUAUUAGCAAAUGGAAGACAUACAAGACCACUGAUAAUCUCCCUCGAUCUGGAGCUCCAUGCAAGAUCUCACCCAGUGGGGUCAAAAUGAUCACAAGAACGGUGAGCAAAAAUCCCAGAACCACACGGGGGGACCUAGUGAAUGACCUGCAGAGAGCUGGGACCAAAGUAACAAAGCCUACCAUCAGUAACACACUACGCCGCCAGGGACUCAAAUCCUGCAGUGCCAGACGUGUCCCCCUGCUUAAGCCAGUACAUGUCCAGGCCCGUCUGAAGUUUGCUAGAGUGCAUUUGGAUGAUCCAGAAGACGAUUGGGAGAAUGUCAGAUGAAACCAAAAUAUAACUUUUUGGUAAAAACUCAACUCGUCGUGUUUGGAGGACAAAGAAUGCUGAGUUGCAUCCAAAGAACACCAUACCUACUGUGAAGCAUGGGGGUGGAAACAUCAUGCUUUGGGGCUGUUUUUCUGCAAAGGGACCAGGACGACUGAUCCGUGUAAAGGAAAGAAUGAAUGGGGCCAUGUAUCGUGAGAUUUUGAGUGAAAACCUCCUUCCAUCAGCAAGGGCAUUGAAGAUGAAACGUGGCUGGGUCUUUCAGCAUGACAAUGAUCCCAAACACACCGCCCGGGCAACGAAGGAGUGGCUUCGUAAGAAGCAUUUCAAGGUCCUGGAGUGGCCUAGCCAGUCUCCAGAUCUCAACCCCGUAGAAAAUCUUUGGAGGGAGUUGAAAGUCUGUGUUGCCCAGCGACAGCCCCAAAAUAUCACUGCUCUAGAGGAGAUCUGUAUGGAGGAAUGGGCCAAAAUACCAGCAACAGUGUGUGAAAACCUUGUGAAGACUUACAGAAAACGUUUGACCUGUGUCAUUGCCAACAAAGGGUAUACAACAAAGUAUUGAGAAAGUUUUGUUAUUGACCAAAUACUUAUUUUCCACCAUAAUUUGCAAAUAAAUUCAUUAAAAAUCCUACAAUGUGAUUUUCUGGAUUUUUUUUUUCUCAUUUUGUCUGUCAUAGUUGACGUGUACCUAUGAUGAAAAUUACAGGCCUCUCAUCUUUUUAUGUGGGAGAACUUGCACAAUUGGUGGCUGACUAAAUACUUUUUUUCCCCACUGUACAUGAUUCCAUAUGUGUUUUUCAUAGUUUCGAUGUCUUCACUUAUUCUACAAUGUAGAAAAUUGUAAAAAUAAAGAAAAACCCUGGAAUUAGGUGUCCAAACUUUCCCCUGGUACUGUGUGUAUAUCUAUUUCCUGUGCAGCAGCUCACUUUCGUGGUCUUGCUCAAACUGGAGGAGCUGCACUUUACCCCCAAGUGCCCUCCUCCCCUAUACAUUUACAUUUUAGUCAUUUAGCAGACGCUCUUAUCCAGAGCGACUUACAGGAGCAAUUAGGGCUAAGUGCCUUGCUCAAGGGCACAUUGACAGAUUUUUCACCUAGUUGGCUUGGGGAUUAGAACCAGCUAGCUUUCGGGUACUGGCACAACGCUCUUAAUCACUAAGCUACCUGCCGCCCCAACUCUCCCCUCUGCGCCUUUUCAGGUUCCAGCCAGGAUGUCUGCUCUCCCUCUGGUCUCAUCAGACAAAUGGAGCAGAAUGUCAGAUUGCCAGUUGCUAUCUAUCAUGGUCCUCUUCUCAUGCCCUGCAGCAUUUUGCCUCAAACUGUCUAUUGUACGCAAGCGAACACAGUAGAACAGAUUCACGAGUGCACCUCGGAACGCCACCAGGGGGUGCCAUCACUCUAGGUGAGCGAGGUAGGGAAUAAAACCUGACAACACUUUCCCAUUCUCUCGGUGGAUUCCUGUCGCUCUCGCACAGUUCAUCCCUGGAGUUUCAUGUGUUUGGGUUCCCAGGGGAUCAGGCUUACUGCGAAACUCCCUUAGCCCUCUUGGUUUUGGGGAUUUUUCGGCAAGCCAACGGCAACUCUGCUCAAUUGAUGGAGAACCCUCUUUAUCGAGCUAGAGGACAGUCUACAGUAUUUAAUGACUUUCUAGUUCAAAGAGAAGAGAAAGGGGGGAACGGCACCCUUAUCAGGCGACAGCCCCAGACAGCAAUCUUGUACUCCCAAGUCCACUUAGGCUUCCUCCUCAUCCCCUUUCUACCCUGUGCUUGGUUCAUGCUGUUGGGCCACUGCCCGCUCUACCUCCUUUUACUGGAGCGAGCGGCUGAGGAUACUUUUGCUGUUGUUAAUCCAGGGAAGCUCUGGUUGGCAGAGAUCACUCUCCUGUUUUACAACCAGCCCUGGUAGCUACCGUUACGCAGGGAUCUUUUGGCCUUAGCGAAGGAGGAGAUUUUCCACCCUACCCCUACCCCAGGAACCAUUGCCCUCUGGGCCUGGCCCAUGAGAGGAUGAAUCUGAAUGCGACAAGCUUGCCACUGAGUCUUUCCAGAGUGCCACAGCCUCUUCUACACUGUAUGGAACAAGUGGUGCAUUUUUGAAGAAGUGGUUAUCCCAUUGGAUAGUGGAGGCUAUUAUACUGGCCACCCCGCAUACAUUUUGAGGUUUUACAGACUGGAUGUCACUGCACCUUCUUUGGCGCAUACUGUCCUCAGUGUCGGAGCCUCUGAGGGGUGAUCACAUCGGACCGUGAUACAGGAGUUGGGCUUAUCCCAUAGUGAGACAUCGAAAAAACCAUUUGAAAGAUAACUCAAGGUUACUUGCGUAACCCCAGGUCUCUGAGAAUGAGUGAGAUGUCUCACGGCAUUUCCCUGCUCGCAAGAGUGUAAUGAAGAGAGGCAUGCUUGAGAUUGACCAGAGGGUGGAGCAAGUGGCGCCUUAUAAAGAGGGAGGGGCUCACCUCAUUUGCCAUUCAACCUAUCUGUCUCCGACAGACGUUGUGUGAUUGGUUUGUCCGUAGUGAUCCGCCUAUCCAGUGAAUCCCAUAGACAUCAUUCUCACUCAUAUUCUAAGAACUGGGGUUACGCAGGUAACCUUGAGUUAUGUGUGAUGAGUGUGUGGGCGUUUCUAAUUGUGUGUGUGUGCGCUACAGGCCCCUCCGACUGCCAUUGACCUGUUGGACUGCAUCAAGAUGGAUGUGGAGGCCAGGGGAUACAAAGUGAGAUAUGAGCCUCACAGCUCAGACCGAGGCUUUCUGUUCAAGUCCAAUGAUGGCUUCCUCUAUAAACUCAUCUUCACCUGG